AUGAGUCAGAAGACCAAAAGACAAAAGUCAAAUAAACAUUGGAUGUGCCUUAAUAUCGGAGACCUCCUGCGCCAGAAACGAGGCAUGGCUACACCCAAGAUGGCCGACUAUCCAGGGGCCUACUCCAAAUUCUCUGAUGAACUGUCCCUGGGGGAGAAAGGAGCUGUUUUACCGAUGCCGGGGCCUCCUGAUCCAGAUACCUCACCUGUGACGAUGGCAGGCUCUCCUGCAAACUGA